AUGCAACUUAAAUUUGGUUCAUAUCCAGUUUUGGUUGCUUCAUCACCUGAAAUGGCCGAACAGUUCCUUAAAGUACAUGACACCGUCUUUGCCUCUCGGCCUGCACUUGCUGCUGGUAAAUACACCAGUUAUAAUUACUCGAACAUGACUUGGGCGCCAUUUCACGAAUAUGUUCUUGAUGAUCACUUGGCUAAAAGGGAUGCAAAUGGCAAGGAUUUUGUCCCUAAAGAUAUUGUAGAUGUUUUAUUGAAGCUCUCUGAGGAUCCUAAUCUUGAGGACCUGCUAGCAGGUGGCACAGACACCUCGGCGGCAAUAGUUGAAUGGACAUUUCACGAAAUUAUUAAAAUACCACACAUAAUUGAGAAGGCAAUAGAAGAGCUUGACAGAGUUAUUGGAAGAGAGAGAUGGGUGGAAGAAAAUGACUUUUCUAAAUUACCUUACAUGGAAGCUAUAAUCAAAGAAACGUUAAGAUUACAUCCAGUGGGUCCACUGCUAGUCCCACAUUUCACCAUUGAAGACUGCAAUGUAUCAGUUUUGGUUGCUUCAUCACCUGAAAUGGCCGAACAGUUCCUUAAAGUACAUGACACCGUCUUUGCCUCUCGACCUGCACUUGCUGCUGGAAAGCUGAUUUUGCUCAGAGAACAAUUAUCUCGUUAUAGUCUCUCGAUUAUAACCCGGAUGGUAUUAAGCAACAAAUACUUCAGUGAAUCAAAAUGUGAUGAUCAGGGUUCCAUUAUAACCCUAGAUGAACUUCAAGGGUUGUUAGACUAA